AUGACUAAUAACAGAAAGGGAAAAAUACUAGAGACCCCCCAACCACAACCAAAAAAGAUUUUGCCACGUCCUUCUAUCAAUAAUAGUAGACCAAACGGGGAAAAUUUUCUCAACACAAGCAUUCAUGCAACGAACGAUUGGGCAGAUGAAUCAGAAUACCUCCACCCAAAUUCUAAAGGUUACGCCAAACCCAUUAACGAUAUCAAUGAUCACGAACAACCUGAUAGAAUGGACCUUCUAAUGACUAAACUAGACGCAGUCUCAACUCAAUUAGGUCGUCUUCAUGAAGAUCUACAAUUCACCAAUGAAAGAGUUUCUACUAUGGAAUCCCUUCUUAAAAUAUAUUCGACUUCUCCAAAACAAGCUGCCAUCAUCAAUGCUCAACCUACGGGCGAAAAUAUGGAAGAAGAUGAAUAUAUUGUACGACCUGGACAACUACAUGACAGUCGUCGUAUUCCGGUCGUCAUGUUAGAAAAACCUAAAGAUUUUUAUAAUGUAGAAGAGGAAUCCCCACCCCAACAAUCCCAAUCUUAA